AUGGAUUUGAAGCAGGCGAGGUCUUUUACCGGACCAGACGAUUAUCGAAUAGUCCUUUGUUAUGAUCACCAUCGAUUUAUCCUCGUCGUGACGAAGCCCGAGACCCGAGAAGAUGGCGAUGUUGUGUCAGACUUUUUUGAGAGGAUCGAGGAAGCCGAGAAUGAUCCCGAUGAAAGGAUGUUUGACCGAUGCCUGGAGGACGUUAGAGAAAUCGCGACCUCGGCCUGCAAGCAUACGAUGUAUGCGCUUGCCGCAUCAACCUCGAACCCGAACGGCAAGCAACAGUCCCUGGAGGACUUUCUGCACCCAACGACUUUCUGUCUGCAACUCCGCACCGUACAAGGAAGGCUUCACGCCGUCGAAAUAGACGACAUCUCCGAAGUCGCUGGCAUGUACGAACCUGUUCGCUUGGCACUGGACUCGGUGCCCCGAUCUUUCCCAGCCUCCACUAAUCCUUCGGCUGACAUCGAGUUCAUCCAGGAUCUGCAGUAUUUAUGGGGAAGGUCCUCAAGGUCACCAAACAUGGUGAAGUUCGUGUCUUCAAAGCAGCAACUCGCGCAAAUAUCCGAGAAAUGGGAGCCAGAUCACCCCCAUCGACCCCAUAUUCCGCGGUUUCCUGGUCUCCGGACAUCGGCAGGUCAAGUCAUCGGAAUGCUUGAAGAAUUCGUCGACGGCAUGAAUCUACAUGAGUUCGACGUCGAUGGUGUUUCCUCGGCCCAACGUCGAAAGUGGAAACGUCAGAUCGAGCAAUCUAUCACGCAACUGCAUCAAAGUGGUAUUGUCUGGGGAGAUGUGAAACGGGAAAAUGUUCUGAUCGACGAAGCAGCCUGUGCGUGGCUUGUCGAUUUCGGCGGCAGCUCGACUGAUGGUUGGGUUGAUGAGGAUCGAGCAGAGACCAUUGGAGGCGAUUUGCAGGGCUUGUAUCGGCUAGUGAAGUUCUUGGGCGUCCGACAUUGA